CGGCGGCUGCACGGAGCGUCCAAGGGACGCCGGAGAUGACCGGAGGAGUCGCUGCGCUCGCGGGAGGCUCGACGCUGCGCUCGCGGAGGCGGACGCGGCUGGCUGUAGGGAGCACGCGCCUUCGUCCGCGUUCGUCGGCCGUUCGCAUUCGCGGGCGCGGGGCAGCGCCUGCAGCCAUUCCUCGCGGCCACCGAUGUCCGGUGGAAGUGCGCUCAUCACACCGCCGCCCCGUUGCUGAACACCGCCGCCGACACCCUGUUGUGGCCGUCGCACAUCGGACGAAACAGCCACAAAUCCAGCGAACCCGUCAGAUCAGGCACGAAAAGAGGGGGGCGGAGCAGUAUGGCGAAGACCGGGAAGGCGGUGGAGGGGUCGCCGGGGACGCGGAGGAAGUCGGGCUUGACGAGUAACUUUCUGUCUUUGAAGCCCAUUGGAGGUCAAGAUCUCUCCGGGAGUGCUCCAGCUUGCUGGCAAUUCCAUGCUAUCCUAAGUUCGUCUUCAGCAGGUGUGUCACAUCCCCGGGAUGUAGGCACAACGAAUAGGGGGAUACGGUGGAUUACCACGACUGAGGAAGAGAUUGGGGAAAAUUCAGUCAAAAGGGAUGAGAAACACAGAGAACCAGGAAGCACUCAGGAAAGCGAGGAGGAAGUGUGCGUGACUAUAGGUAGCCUCCUCGCUCAAGCAAGGAACGACAGCGGACAUAGUCUUGGGAGGCGCCUCUUGCAUUUGGGUUCCGUCCCGCACCGUUCUCGAGUUAAUGGAGAGAUUCCUAAUGUUGAUAAUGCAACCUUGGAUCAUGAAAGAUUGUUGGAAAGGUUGGGGACUUAUGGUUUGGCCGAGUUUCAGAUAGAGGGAGAUGGGAAUUGUCAGCUAAAGGAAUUCAGAAAACGGUAUGAAGGCUAUGUACCGAUGGAAUAUAAGGUGUACUUGAAGAAAAUGAAAAGAUCCGGGGAAUGGGGGGAUCAUUUGACCCUUCAAGCGGGUGCAGACCGGUAUCGGAGGGAGCUGAGUGACUUUCUGGCGACUCCUAUGUGGAGAGCUUUGUCUGAAAUGUCUAAAGGCGUGUUGUUUCAUAUAACUGUAUGCUAUGUUGCCCAUGCCUUUCCCGAUAGCCUUAGUAUGGUCAUCAUUUUCUCAUUUAUAUCCUUCAUCUUGGUAAGGAUGCGAUAGCUUGCCCCUCUGCAUGGAUUUGUUUUUUCCAGCGCUCGUUUCUUUUCUCUGUUAACCAGAUCUCGUUCUUUUAUUUUGCGGGUGUCUAACCAUCCUUCUCCGGAGGUCCAAGACCGGGCUGAUGGUCAACCCGCCGGAGCUCAUGGCGCCCUACACCUCCCAGCCAGUGGCCAUGCCGGAGAACUGCCACUCCAUGUUCAUCACCUUCUCCAAGGAAAAUGCCCUCCACCGCGAGGAGAUCUUCCAGUACUUCAGGCAAUCAUCUUGCUGUAUUUUACAAUCGCCGGUUAAUUAGCCGCAGCUGACAUUUGGGGUGACAGACAUGAUGAUGAUGGAUAGCAGCAAAAGGAAGAGUGGCGAGGCUGCCACCAUCACGGCAGAUCAGGUGUGCCCAAGCAACAACAACAAGAGGAACAAGGCCCUUCUACUAUCUCUUUGUACACUAUUGCUUUCUAAUGAAAUGAUGUUGGAGGUGCUACUUCGGCUCCCUGUCAAAUCCAUUCUCCGCUUCUGGUCCGUCUGCCGCGCUUGGGCUGCUCUUUUGUCCUCCAAGGAUUGACACCAAAAUUCAAAACAUUGCCCAUAGUGUCGGAAUUCAAGAUGGAUCACUGUUUCUACUAUAGACGACGUGAACGAUUAGGAUUGAUCACGUUUGUUGUUAAUAUAUGGACAUUGUGGCCAUACAAAAAGAGUGCAAUACAAAUAGAACGCCAUGCGUGUAAGGAUUUA